GAGGACUCGUGCAUCAUAGUGAGGAGAUAGGGCACAUCUGGUUAUUCUACGCCCAGGAGCGCAGUAUGGCCAGAAGUUAAAGAACAAUAAAUGAAUCACCCUUAAUGUGCAGGCUGAGCAGGAGACAACUGGUUUGUGGCCAAAUGAUGUAUUUUAGAGAUGGAGACAUUUUUAAAGGGCAAAUAUGAUAUCCACAAGGAAAUUAUUUCCAUAAAAUCCCUGACAUUUGUUUUCAGCCUCUGAAAACACAAGACCACUUGAGAACUUACUACAGAGAGCUCACCCAUUCACCCGAGAGACCAUUACACUGUUAGAAAGUUCCUUCAUAUUGAGCUGGAAGUGCCUCCUUGUAGCUUCCAGUCUGAAGUCCCACAGAAUCAUCUACAUCAUCUUCUCAGAGCUGGCAUACCUUCAGCCCCAGGAGCUGGACAGGAGCAGGAGAAACAGAAAAGCCAGGAACUCUGUUGCUAUUUUAACUGGGAUUCCUUAAGAUCAAUCACUUUUUUUUUUUUCAUGCUAGGAGCCUGGUGGCAUACUGUACCUUUAAUAAUAUAGAGGGAAAAAAUGUUAGCCUGCUGUCAGAUGGACCUGUCUGUAUUACAUCAGAGCUGUGCAACCUUGGAUAGGUUACUUAACCUCACUGAUCCUUUUGCUUACCUAUAAAGAGAAUCAUCUAUAAAUAGGAGUAGUCAAACCUGCUGUGCUAAUCUUAGAGUUGUAAUGCUCAAAAUAUGUCACGUACAUGAAAAUAUCCUAUAUGUUAUGAAGAGCUCUCUAUAUAUUAAGUUUUACUGUAAUGACUGUCCAUCUUCAUCUUUUUGGCAGCCUUUCAUAUCCCCAUUUUUGACUGGCGGUAGCUGACUUCUUGGCCUCAUAAUCAGGAUAUACGGAAAAGUUCUUAUUUCAGCUUUAUACCCCAGACACAGUCGCAUCAUCAAACAAGGUGGCAUAGAAUCGUGAGAGAACCAAAAAGCACUGUGAGGACCUUGGAUGAAGAGUUAGAGAGAUAAGCAGGGACAUUUUCUGAACAGACAGCACAGGGAGAGGCCGGAGCCCUGGCAGUGAGGAGAGGGUUAAAUCCUUCCCCUCUGCAGUACAAAAGAAAAGAGUGUGCGGAAAGAUUAGGAUUUUUGCUUUUACAAUGGGAGCUGCAGAAGCGUAGGGAAGAAGCUGAAGAAAAAAAAAGGGGGCGUCUCCCCUUUAAAGACUUGCAGAGAUUGAGAGAGAAAGAGAGAGAGAGAGAGAGAGAGAGAGUCAGGGACAGAGAAUCGGAGAGAGCGCGGGCCAGUCUGUCUGUCUGUCUCUGGGAAGGGAGAGCGUCUCUGCUUCACAGUGAUUAGCACUGGGGGAGAGGCAUCCGUUGGCUUCAGACCCAAGGAGAGACCAGACCAGGUCACCCCGGUUAGGACUCAGUGAGCUUUGCCCCUCCCUACCCCACCUCCACCCGGGAAUGUCUCGGCGAAAGCAGCGGAAACCCCAACAGUUAAUCUCGGACUGCGAAGGUCCCAGCGCGUCUGAGAACGGUGAUGCUAGCGAGGAGGACCACCCCCAAGUCUGUGCCAAGUGCUGCGCACAAUUCACUGACCCAACUGAAUUCCUCGCCCACCAGAAUGCAUGUUCUACUGACCCCCCUGUAAUGGUGAUAAUUGGGGCCCAGGAGAACCCCCACAACUCUUCGACCUCUUCUGAAUCCCGGGCGGAGGGCCAAAAUAGUUCCCAGGUCAUGGAGGCAGAGCACAGCAACCCCCCGGAUUCUGGGUCUUCAGUGCCCACAGAUCCCUCCUGGGGCCCAGAGCGGAGAGUAGAGGAGUCUGCAGGGCACUUCCUGGUCGCUGCCACAGGUACAGCAGCUGGGGGAGGCGGGGGCCUGAUCUUGGCGAGUCCCAAGCUGGGCGCUACCCCAUUACCUCCAGAAUCUACCCCUGCACCGCCCCCUCCUCCUCCUCCACCCCCGCCCCCAGGGGUAGGCAGCGGCCACUUGAACAUCCCUCUGAUCUUGGAAGAGCUCCGGGUGUUGCAGCAGCGCCAGAUCCACCAGAUGCAGAUGACUGAGCAAAUCUGCCGCCAGGUGCUGCUGCUUGGCUCCUUAGGCCAGACAGUGGGCACCCCUGCCAGUCCCUCAGAGUUACCUGGGACGGGGACUGCCUCCUCCACCAAGCCCCUGCUUCCCCUCUUCAGCCCCAUCAAGCCCGUCCAAACCAGCAAGACGCUGGCACCUUCCUCCUCCUCUUCUUCCUCCUCCUCCUCGGGGGCAGAAACGCCCAAGCAGGCUUUCUUUCAUCUUUACCAUCCGCUGGGGUCACAGCACCCUUUCUCUGCCGGAGGGGUUGGGCGAAGCCACAAACCCACCCCUGCCCCCUCCCCAGCCCUGCCUGGCAGCACAGAUCAGCUGAUGGCCUCACCUCAUCUGGCAUUCCCAGGCACCACGGGACUAUUGGCAGCACAGUGUCUCGGGGCAGCUCGAGGCCUUGAGGCUACUGCCUCCCCAGGGCUCCUGAAGCCAAAGAAUGGAAGUGGCGAGCUGGGCUACGGGGAAGUGAUGGGUCCCUUGGAGAAGCCCGGUGGACGGCACAAGUGCCGCUUCUGUGCCAAAGUAUUUGGCAGUGACAGUGCCCUGCAGAUCCACCUGCGUUCCCACACGGGUGAGAGGCCCUAUAAGUGUAACGUCUGUGGCAACCGCUUUACCACCCGCGGCAACCUCAAAGUGCAUUUUCACCGGCAUCGCGAGAAGUACCCGCACGUGCAGAUGAACCCUCACCCGGUGCCCGAGCACCUAGACUACGUCAUCACCAGCAGCGGCCUGCCCUAUGGUAUGUCCGUGCCGCCAGAGAAGGCCGAGGAGGAGGUGGCCGUGCCCGGUGGAGGCGUGGAACGCAAGCCCCUGGUGGCCUCCACCGCAGCACUCAGCGCCACCGAGAGCCUCACGCUGCUGUCCACCGGCGCGGGCGCAGCCGCGGCUCCUGCGCUGCCUGCUUUCAACAAGUUUGUGCUCAUGAAGGCAGUAGAGCCAAAGAGCAAAGCUGAUGAAAAUACCCCUCCGGGGAGUGAGGGCUCAGCCAUCACCGGGGUGGCAGAAGGUGGCACGGCAGCCCGAAUGCAGCUGAGUAAGCUGGUGACUUCGCUCCCCAGCUGGGCGCUGCUUACCAACCACUUUAAGUCCACAGGGAGCUUCCCCUUCCCCUAUGUGCUGGAGCCCCUGGGGGCCUCACCCUCCGAGACCUCGAAGCUGCAGCAACUGGUAGAAAAGAUUGACCGGCAAGGAGCUGUGGCAGUGGCCUCUAGCGCCUCGGGAGCCCCCACCACCUCGGCGCCCGCGAGCUCGUCCGCCGCCUCAUCGGGACCUAACCAGUGUGUCAUCUGCCUCCGGGUGCUGAGCUGUCCCCGCGCGCUGCGCCUGCACUAUGGGCAACACGGAGGUGAGCGGCCCUUCAAAUGCAAAGUGUGUGGCCGAGCUUUCUCCACCCGGGGCAACCUGCGCGCACAUUUCGUGGGCCACAAGGCCAGCCCAGCCGCCCGGGCCCAGAACUCGUGCCCCAUCUGCCAGAAGAAGUUCACCAACGCUGUCACUCUGCAGCAGCACGUUCGGAUGCACCUGGGGGGCCAGAUCCCCAACGGUGGUACCACGCUCGCCGAAGGCGGGGGAGCUGCCCCGGAAAAUGGCGCUGAGCAGCCCACAGUCUCGGGCCCGGGGAGCUUCCCCCAGCAGCCGUCCCAGCAGCCGUCCCCGGAAGAGGAGUUGUCUGAAGAGGAGGAGGAGGACGAGGAAGAGGAGGAAGAUGUGACUGAUGAAGAUUCCCUGGCAGGGAGAGGCUCAGAGAGUGGAGGCGAGAAGGCAAUAUCCGUGCGAGGUGACUCAGAAGAGGCUUCGGGGGCGGAGGAGGAAGUGGGGACCGUGGGGACAGCGGCGGCGGCGGCAGUAGCCAACGCUGGGAAGGAGAUGGAAAGCAAUGAGAAAGUGAUUCAACAGCCUUCCCUGCCGCCGCCGCUGCCUCCGCCGCCUCCACCGCCGGCCGACAGCCUGGAUCAAACACAGCCCAUGGAGCAGGGAGGCGGUGAUGUUGCCGGAGGCAUGGAAGCGGGGGCCAGAGCGGAGAGGAGCUCGAGCCCAACGGCAGCACUCAGCCGGGAAGGGGAAGGCAGCGGCAGCGCCUCGGUGGAGCUGAGCAUGCAGGAGGCCAUGAGAAAGGAGCCGGGCGAGAGCAGUAGCAGAAAGGCCUGCGAGGUGUGUGGUCAGAGCUUUGCCACGCAGGCAGCCCUGGAGGAGCAUCAGAAGACCCACCCCAAGGAGGGGCCGCUCUUCACUUGUGUUUUCUGCAGGCAGAGCUUUCUCGAGCGGGCUAUCCUCAAGAAGCAUAUGCUGCUGGCUCACCACCAGAACCAGUACACAGCUUUCCUGUCAAGUGACCUGCCCACCAAGCCCCGGAGUUCCGGCUCCGCCUCCACUACCACUUUAGGCCUGGCGCCAUCAGUGCUCUUUGGCCCGGGAAUUGUGGCUGGGAACGUGCCUCCGGCAAUGGGAUCCAGAGAGGCCAAGGAGAAGAGAGCCCCCCUCUUCCUAUUUCGGUCUCCUGCAUCCAGGGCAGUGCCUAAGAAGCCCACCAUAGAAGAAAAGUAGCAAACUGUAUAUUCCUUCUUUUCCCUGCUCCAGAAGGUGCCAGCAGUGAAGACACAACAAUAUCUGUAUCUGGCGGCCCGGCCCUACGGGGUAGGGGGAAAUGAAGGGCGUAUAGGACAUUCUUCCCAGUACAUUCCCGUUCAGGCGAAGGUGUUGGCUGGUCAAUAUGCCAAGACACCUCCAGCUUCUCCUAUUCCUUCAUCAUGGCCUCUCAAAGUUAGGAAACAAGCAGAUGUCUUGCCAACAGGUCUCCCGUGGGAUAUUUUGGGAACUGCGAAGCUCAUAUCUUUAAGAAGCAUCAUUGGUGGGGGGGGGGGGGUUGAAAGAGUAAUGAUGGAGAGUUGAAGAGUGUUGCUAAAGCAUAGGGCUUGCUGGGAACCUAUGCGAUUAAGAAAAGGGCAUGGUGUGAGGGAGGGGACCUCCGAUUCUUGACUGGAUGGGUCUCAUGAAUGUUCUUUUGGACUAUUAGUGACUUGCUGUGUAGCACUGCACCACAGGUCAUAGGGGAUUUCCUAGCACUAGUGUGCUUCUAGUUUUAGAUAACUCCCUCCUUAUUCCCUGGCCCCUUGGAUUUUCCUUGUCUUCCUUUCUCAAGGCCUAUUUCCUCCCCCAUUUUGCCUGUCUAUGGACCAGGGCUUAUGUCUUUGCCACUGUCUGGGUCUUAGAGUCCCAGACUUUGGGAGACGAGCUCUAGGUGGUGUCCUCCCUGCCUCCGUCUUGUAAUGAGAUGUAGUAUUUACUCUUAACAUAGGAUCAUUUGGAACAGGAGUUCUGAGGAGGAGAGAGUGAGAGUUCUGCUACUGACUGACUUGAAUGAUGGUUUCUCCUCCAAAGGUAUAUAGGCUCCAGAGCUUCCUAACAUAGUAAAAUGUGAAGAGCAGACAAGGGACAUGCUAGUGUCUUUCCCUUUUCAUUAAAAGUGUUUUAACCAAAUAUUUGUGUGUUUUUCCUUAUUUCAUGAUUAAAUAGCCAGCUGGGGUGUGAUAUGGGCAUUCCCUAACAUUGAGAUUCCCUUCCCACCUACAUCUCCUGCCAAAGCUGAACAUAUGGUGUUGAAAUAUUUAAUUUAUUCAGCCUUGUCCUAAAACAACCUCCAGUGAAUGUGAUUUCCCUGUGGAAAUGGAGUUUAUGUUCUCAAAAAGUAAAGGAUUUGUCCAUUGUGUGCAUUCAUUGUCUAGAUUUUGUUCUUUGCCCAGAACUUUCCACCACCAGGCUUUUGUGGGGUCUUUUUUUGUUUGUUUUGUUUGGAGGUUGGAAGCUGUUUCUUUGUCUUUCCUGAACCCCAGGCUAGCCUACCUGAUCUGCAGAACCAAGAUGAAU